AUGGACAUCGAGACCGUUUACUCCGAGCCAAAACAUGCUUUCCUCAGAAAAUGGCUCUUGCUCUCUGACCCAGAGGACUUCUCUGCGGGGGCCAAGGGUUAUCUGAAAGUCAGCCUGUUUGUGCUGGGGCCUGGAGAUGAAGCUCCUCUGGAGAAGAAGGAGAUCUCUGAAGACAAAGAAGACAUCGAGGGCAACCUCCUGCGCCCCACUGGGGUCACCUUGAGAGGGGCUCACUUCUGCCUGAAGAUCUUCAAAGCUGAAGAUCUACCCCAGAUGGAUGAUGCUGUCAUGGACAACGUCAGGCAGAUCUUUGGCUUUGAGAGCAACAAGAAGAACUUGGUUGAUCCCUUCGUGGAAGUCAGCUUCGCAGGCAAGAUGCUCUACUCAAGGAUCCUGGAGAAGAAUGCCAAUCCCCAGUGGAACCAGUGCCUGACGCUGCCAGCAAUGUUCCCUUCCAUGUGUGAGAAGAUGAGGAUCCGGGUGACCGACUGGGACCGUCUGACACACAACGACAUCAUCGGCACCGCCUACCUCUGCAUGUCCAAGAUCUCAGCCCCUGGUGGGGAGCUGGAGGAUGAGUUUCCUGCUCUCGCGAAGCCUCUGAAAGCCACAGACCUGGAUGAUGGACUUGGGUUCCUACCAACCUUCGGUCCCUGCUAUAUCAACCUCUACGGCAGCCCCCGGGAGUUCACCGGCUUCCCCGACCCUUACGAGACGCUCAAUUUAGGAAAGGGUGAGGGAGUGGCGUAUCGUGGUAGGAUGCUGGUGGAACUGGAGACCAAACUGGUGGAGCACGUGGAGCAGAAGGUGGAGGACAUUUCUGCAGAUGACAUCCUGCGGGUGGAGAAGUACCUGCGCCGUCGGAAGUACUCCCUCUUCGCUGCCUUCUACUCGGCCACCAUGCUCCAAGAUGUAGAUGAUGCCAUCCAGUUUGAGGUCAGCAUUGGCAACUAUGGCAACAAAUUUGACAACACCUGCAUGCCCUUGGCCUCCACCACGCAGUACAGCCGGGCUGUCUUUGAUGGUUGUCAAUACUAUUACCUGCCCUGGGGCAACGUCAAGCCUGUGGUGGUCUUGUCAUCCUACUGGGAAGACAUCAGCUAUCGGACUGAUGCUCAAAACCUUCUCCACUAUGCAGCAGACAGGCUGGAAGCAAACCUGGAGAAGAUCCACCUCGCUCUCAAAGCCAACCACUCGCCGAGUGAGCUGGAUGUCCUGGGAGCUCAGCUGAUGGAUGAUAUCAUCUCCGACUGCAGCCUGACCCUGCCCGAUGUCCUGGGGAAACCAGCCAGCACCCACCUGGACCAGAACAUGUAUCGGUAUCGCAGCACCAACCUGGAGCAGAUAGUGAAGGCAGCUCUGAAGCUCAAACAUGAAGACUCCAGCCUGUUGGAAGCCCUGGAACAGGCAGAGGACUGGCUCUCCAGGCUGAAGGCCAUGGCAGAGGAGCCCCAAAACAGCCUGCCAGAUAUUGUCAUCUGGAUGCUGCAGGGAGACAAGCGCGUAGCGUACGCCCGCGUGCCAGCCCACCAGGUCCUCUUCUCCAGGAACAUCUCCAACUGCUGUGGCAAGAACUGUGGGAAGCUUCAGACCAUCUUCUUGAAGUACCCCCAGGAGGAGGCGAUGGGUCCAAGGAUCCCAGCCCAGGUCCGGGUCCAGCUCUGGUUCGGGUUGUCGGUCGAUGAGAAGGAGUUUAACCAGUUCGCCGAGGGGAAGCUCUCCGUCUUCGCCGAAACCUAUGAGAACCAGACCAAACUGGCGCUGGUGGGGAACUGGGGCACCACUGGCUUGACCUACCCCAAAUACUCAGAUGUCACCGGCAAGAUCAAGCUGCCCAAGGACAGCUUCCGCCCCUCCACAGGCUGGACCUGGGCUGGGGACUGGUUCAUCUGCCCAGAAAAGACGUUGCUCCAUGAUGUGGAUGCUGGACACCUGAGCUUUGUGGAGGAGGUGUUUGAGAACCAGGUCCGGCUGCCUGGAGGCCAGUGGAUCCACAUGACUGAUGCCUACACCGACGUGAACGGGGAGAAGGUCCUGCAUAAGGAUGAAAUUGAGUGUCCUCCAGGCUGGAAAUGGGAAGAUGUGGAGUGGGACACAGACCUCAACAGAGCAGUGGAUGAGAAAGGCUGGGAAUAUGGCAUCACCAUCCCACCAGACCGCAAACCCAAGGCUUGGGUGCCAGCUGAGAAGAUGUACCACACCAACCGGCGACGGCGCUGGGUGCGUCUUCGCCGCAGGGACCUUGCACAGAUGGAGGCCAUGAGGAAGCACAAGCAGGAGGAGCUGGACGGGGAGGGUUGGGAAUACGCCUCGCUCUUCGGUUGGCGCUUCCACCUGAAGUACCGUCGCACCGAC